ACGUAUCAUUAUGUAUUACAGAUACCAGUUUCCAGGAGCUGAAGAAGGCCAUUCUCCUGAUUCUUGGCUGUGCCGUCCAGUGUGAGCGUAAGGAAGAAUUCAUUGAUGGUAUCAAACGCCUCGAUGUCGAUGUCCAACAUGUCAUCGUGGAACACAUCAAGGAGGUCACGGAUGACACGGAGUGUGUGUUGUCAAUGGAGCCGACGGAACAUCUGGAGACAUAUACGGAAAAGAUGUUCAAUCACUUGACCCGAGUUCUACGGGAGCGUGAUGAUAUGGUCGAGGUGACUAAUGAGAUAUCUCAGGAACGCGACUUCUAUCAGUCUCAGAUACAGGAGGCACCUAAGCUCAACGUGACACCUCCAACAUCCAGUCCCGACAAACAUCAUACGGCAGUCGAGCUGGCAGACGCUAAGGCUAAAAUACGAAAGUUACGACAGGAACUGGAGGAUAAACAGGAGCUCAUCACCGACCUGAAGGAUGACCAGGAGGAGAACAAGAUCAUCGUCACCAAACUUCGUAACGAGAAUGUAGAACUGAUCCAGGACGCCCGGUCAGCACGGUCACUCCGGGACGAACUGGAUAUCCUCCGAGAAAAGUUUGGUAAAGUGAAAAGCUAUGAGACUGAAAUCACAAAGAUGAAGGAGAAAUUAAAUGAACUGGAGUUCUACAAGUCCCGAGUAGAUGAACUAAGAGAGGACAAUGCUAUCCUGAUAGAAACUAAGAACAUGCUCCAGGAACAACUCGACAGCUGUCAUAAACGUGUGGAGACCGUCAUAGCACUGGAAAACGAGCUCGGACGGUACAGACAGCAGGUUGAGGAGCUGGCUAAGGAACGAGAUACCGAUCGACAGAAGAUACAGAUUCUCACGGAGGAAAAUGCAAACCUGCAAUUUGAGAAAAAGACGAACAUGAACGAGAGUACUAAUAUUGAGAAGGAAUUAGAGUCAGCUCGUCUUAGGAUAGCAGGUAUGGGAGGGUCACUGUCCAAUCAGCUGAAUGAAACAACCAACGCUAAGAUUCUGAGACUGGAGUUGGAGAAUCAGCGUUUACAGCAGAAACUCGAGGAGGCCAGAGAAAGUGCUCUCAUAGAAAAUACAACACUGACUUUGGAACUCGAAAAGGAGAAUCAACGACUGGCCAAAAAAGUCGAGAAACUUCAGGAGUCGAGUCGAGAAAUGUCACAGACACACAUCGAACUCGAACAAAAACUUGACCAGUUCCAUCAUGAAAAAGAACAAUUAUCACAGACUUUGGAAACAGUCAAAGAAAGUGCUGAUAGACAGGUUCGUGAGUUGGAACGCGAGAAUGAUCACCUGACUAAUACAGUGGAGACGGUUCGUGCGCGAAGUGAACAGACAAACGACGCAAAGCUCAAAGAUCUCGAGCGAGAAAAUAAGCGAAUGCAUGAAACAGUGACAGCAAAAAACCAAUUGUUAUCCAAAAUGGAAUUUGAAAACAGACAAUUACAAAAAUCUUAUAAUAAGAUAAAGCAGAGCUCAGAUAAGUUAUCUGAAUUGGAAACAGAAAGUGCAAAUCUGGAAAAAGAAAAUCUAGAUUUACAUAAAACUGUGGCAACAUUACAGCUAACUUGUGAUAAAUAUGAGGAAAUUGAACAGGAAAAUUCUGAUCUAGAAGUGGAAAAUAGAAAACUUAAGAAAAACGUUGAGUCCCUUCAAAGUGCUUUACAAAAAAUGGACCAGCUGGAAAAAGAACACAUUAAUUUAAAUGUAGAAAAUCAGAAACUCCAGAGGAGUUUAGAUUCUCUUCGGAAUUCUUCUUCAAAACUUGUUGAGGUAGAAAAUGAUAAAGACUCACUGAACCGUGAAAUUCAGCAGCUCCGUAAAACAAUAGAAGUACAACGUAGUCACCAAGUGAAGCACGAACAAAUGGAGCUGGAUUUGCUGGACUUGGACAAUGAAAACCAGCGGCUUCAGAAAUCGCUAGAAAUGACAACCAAACGCUUACAGCAGCUGGAGCGCGACAACACCGACAUGGAAAUAGAAAACGAAAAAUUGCAAAAAAGUGUGGAAACUUUAAAAGUGUCGACAAAACGGCUCCAAGAGUUGGAGAAAGCAAAUGUAGAAAUGGAUACUGAAGUGUCGAGACUUGCCAAAGAAAAAUCUGUGUUAACAAAAGAGAAAAAUCGAUUAAAACAGUCUAUUGAGUGGAAGGAUUCAGAACUGGAUGAGUUGACUUCUAAACACAGUGCAUUAGAACGGACAAAUCGUAACUUGAAACAACAGAUAGACAGACAGAAAGACACAAUAUCAAAUAUCAAAGAAAAUGAGAAAGAGAACAAAGAAUUACAACAACAAGCCAAUAUCACCAAACGCAAGCUGGCAGCUCUCCAUGAG